AUGGCUUCCACCAAUCUCGAUGCCACAUUUGACUGCAUCACUGACAAUAUUGAAGACAUGAAAAGGCACGUUGAAAGGCUAUGCGAAUUGGUAUCCACAUUUAUCCCAACAAAUCCAAAAUCUAAGGACCAAACACCUUGCGGUGAGAGCUUUCCAAAGGAAGUUGAUGCCCAAACUUGUGAAGGACUUUCACACCGAGCUAAUGAAGGGCACACUGAAGUAGUACAUGUGCUACUUGCACGUAUAGAAGAUCAUAAUACUAAGGAGAAACUCAUGAGGAUGACAGGUGCUAGUGGAGAUACAGCCCUGCACAAGGCCGUGCGGAGCCAACAUCUAGAUGUGGUUAAGAUCUUGGUGAAAGAAGAUCCUGAAUUUGAAUUUCUGCCUAACCAUGCGCAGGAGAAGCCACUGUAUCUGGCGGCUGAAUCUGGUUUUCAUGAUGCUUUGAUUAACAUCUUGGAAUCCUACAAGAAACUAAUUUAUGCUGCAAGUCCAUCUAAUAGAACGUCGCUGCAUGCAGCAGUAAUUCAGGAACAUAAAGGAUUGGAAGACGUAGUUUCUGAUAUGCUGGGGUGGAAAAAAUCCUUAGUGUACCUUCCGGCAGGUAGUGAAAAUGACUGGAUGACAGCAAUUCAUAUUGCAGCCAGUGAAGGUGAUGUAAACAUGAUAAAUAAACUGUUAAAUCACUGCCCCGAUUGUUGGGAUAUGCUUAACAACAACAAUCAAAAUGCUCUUCAUGUUGUCGUACUGAACAAUCAAGACAAGGUAGUCCGCUUCUUAUUAGACCCUGAUAAGUGCGACAACUUUGUUGAUGAGCCAGAUAGUGACGGCAACACUCCUCUCCAUUUGGUUGCUGUCUCUGGUAACCAUGUGCCUGAAUUAAUAAACCAUCUUAGAGCAAAGCUGAUGUUAUUUAUCAAAAAAAACCAGACCCCACUUGAUACAGCAUUGUUAUGCACAGUGACAACAAAGAAGGUAAAGCGAAAGUACGAGUACAUGCAUAAUACAAAUGAUAAAGCGGGAACAAGAGUCAAAAUGCAACUGAGGGAAGUUGAUCACGAUAAUGCUAAAAAGCCAGAUCAAACAAAAUUUGAAAGUAUUAUGAAGGCAGCUCAAAUUCAUAUUUUUGUGGCCACUUUGACAAUGACAGUCACUUUUGCCGUUGGUAUCACAUUGCCAGGAGGUUUUGAGAAUGACUCUGAUAUUCCUAAUCAAGGGAUGGCGAUUCUAAUAAGGAAAACAACAUUUCGUGCAUUUGUUGUUUCCGAUUCCAUUGCCUUCACAUUUUCAGCUGUUGCCAUAUUCAUCUACUUCCUCAUGGAAGAUACAAGUAGAAAUCCUCAAAGUAAGAAAACUGUAAAGAAGCUUUAUGAUCUCGCAGGUAUUUUUCAGUGCUUGUCAAUGCUAGCAGUUGUAAUUGCAUUUGCAACGGGUAUGUUUUCUACCUUAUCACAUUCCCUUGGUCUUGCCGUUACUAGUUCGAACAUGUCACGUGCACCUAAUUCACAAGUCCGCUCUUACCACUAG